CGUUGACGUUGCUCAGAGGGUCAACCUUGUAAUGCCUGUUGUUCGAGGUCUCCCGAGCGCUUCUCCAGUGCCCCAGGAGUCUCGCUAGUCGCACCAUACGGAGACCGCCCGGCACGACACUUUGUAUUAUUAUAUCGCAGAUCUCGCCGGCAAACCGGGUUUGUUUCUCGAACGUCCGACUCGGCGCAAUGCCUUACCCCUUCAGGAGGGCCCAGAUGCCCGUCCUGACGCCGCAAGACGAGAUGGAAAACGCCUCGAUCCUCCGUAACGACGCCGACAACGGCUACUUCCAGGGCCUCCCCGCGCGGCGCAAGUCCAAGAUGAAGGUGCUGAUGAAGGUGUUCUCGCGGUGGGCCAUCACCAUGUGCGUCAUCAUGUCCAUCUACACCGUCAUCAUCGUCUACUCGGGCAGGACGGUCAUGAACCAGACGACGAAGCGGCAGUACAACGCGCUCAUCACGGGUCUCUCCAUCGCGCUGGGUCUCGCGGUGGCCAGCAGCCUCAACCACAUGGUGGCGGAGCUGCGGUGGUGGAUCCUGAGCCGCCGGUUCAGGUCGAAGCGCAAGGUCGAGCUGAUUCUGCAGGCCGACAACCUGAAGCACACCAUCAUGCUGGCGGUGCGGUCCAAGAGGUGGUCGAUCCAUCUGGCGGCCCUGGGCUGGCUCAUCUUGACGAUUGGUUCCCAAGUCGGUCUCGCCGCCAUUGGACUCUGUUACUCGACCGAAACGGCCGAUAAACGAGCGUUGCUGGUCCCGGGAAACGUGUCGAUUGCGAACAUGGACACCAUCGAGACGGCCAAGAUUGUCCAGUCAAAGUCCAAUGCACUGGGCGCUCAGCAGUACACGGCGAAUAGCUACGGCACCAUGUCCCUGGCGUACGACACGGCCACCAUCGAGGAAGCACCUUCGGCCCGAGCCAUCUUCGUGCCGAGCGACCCCCUGAUGUUCUGCUCCGAACGCUACUGCAAAUACGUGUUCCACGAGACGUCCCAGGAGUCCCUCACAGACCUGAACAGCAACCCGGUGACCGUCGCGACGGACCGCAGCAUCAACGCGACGACCAGAUGCGCGGCGUGGCCCGUGACGGCCGGCGGCAACGGCACGAGCCCCAACAUCACGGUCGCGACCAAGAACAACGGCCGCUUCGUCAUCGGCGUCCCCGUCCGUGGAGGCACCGAUCAGACGACCUUCAUGACCAGAAGCUCGCACGUGUGCGGCCCAGGGUGCGCGACGGUGACGGCCUUCGAGGCCUCGGACAGCGCGCCGUGGUACUACGCCUGCAACAUCACCGUUGGUGAGGUCGCCAACGCCACGCGGCCGGAGCACCAGGUCGGCUCCAACCUGACGGCGCUGGCGGCCGCCGCCAUCGCGCUCCAGGGGUACGCGGCGUCGUCGCUGGUCAACGCGACGGACCUCCAGUACCAGAUGUACCCGGCCGAGUCCGUCUUCGGCACGCCCAAGGAGGGCAAGACGUGGGUGAUGGAGGGAAUGCUGUCGAGGUUCGCCAUCGGCGUCGUCGCGGUGGCGGCGGAGAGCAACGAGGAGCAGGUCGUCGAGGGGAUGAUGCCGAUGAAGGGCACCAAGCUCAGCGUGUCGCACUGGAACCUGAUCCACUUGAUCCUGACGCUGACGGCGGCGCUGCAGCUGGCGCUCGGCAUCGCGGCGGCGCUGGUGGCCAACCGGGUCGUGGUGCCGGACGGCGGCGCCGUCGAGAUGGCGCAGGUGAUGCGGACGAUGGCGAUCCGGGACCGGACGGCCGAGACGGCGGGCGAGGCCGGCGAGAAGGGGCUGGCCGCCGGGGCCGGGGCCGGGGGGCCGGUCACGUCGUUGUGGAUCUAUCGGGACCGGAUGUCUUCGCAGGAGGGUCUGUACGACUUGCACAUGGAGGAGCAGCGGUUCCACGCGAGGGCCGAGGACGGCAUGAUUGAGAUGAACCAUCAGCGGCCGGACACGGGGCGGACCAGUCGGGCGUCGACGGCGGCGAAGGCGUAGCUGUACGGGGGUAGUUAAUGGAUACAGGCAUUUAAUAAUUAUUAAUGACUUUAGCCAGUGGGCGGCGUCGGUGUGAGACGCGAGAAGUGAGAGCUAUGUUGGCCAUGACUCCAUGAGUUACCAGCAGGCGCGGCCAUCCUUGUAACGCUGAGGGUUUAGGUUGUGGCCAGCUACAUCCAGCUUGACUGCCGUGGCAUGUUUUUCGUUAGAUACAAUGCAAUAGUUGGGUUUGCCAUGUAAGUGUUGAAACGCGAAUCCCUCAACUAAAGAAGCUGUCAGGAAAAGAGCGCUCUUCUUAUCUCUAGAGCAGCAUGCAGACAGGGUAUCUGAAGCCCUUCAAACUUGAGAGCGGGUCACAGACCAACACGUCUUCUUUUUUAGAUUAAGGAAGAACAAGGUAUUUGCAUCUG